AUGGCAUCACCUUAUAAACCAUGGCUAUUUCUCCUAGCUUUAGCCGGCCUCACCCUCACCUCCCAAGCCGGGAAAAUUGCCAUCUACUGGGGCCAAAACGGCAACGAAGGAAGCCUGUCCGACACCUGCGCUUCCGGCGACUACUCCUUCGUCAUCUUAGCCUUCCUCUGCUCCUGCGGCACUGGCCAGAAUCCUCAGCUCAAUCUCGCAGGCCACUGCGAUCCCUACUCCAACGGCUGCACCGGCCUUAGCAGCGACAUCAAGUCGUGCCAGGCUAAAGGGAUCAAGGUUCUUCUGUCCAUCGGCGGCGGUGCAGGAUCUUAUGUUCUUACUACUAAGGAUGAUGCGCGGCAGGUCGCCACCUACAUCUGGAACAACUACCUCGGCGGCCAAUCUUCCUCCCGGCCGCUUGGCGACGCCGUGCUCGACGGCGUCGACUUCGACAUAGAAGGCGGCAGCCCCGACCACUACGAUGAUCUCGCCAGAUACCUCUCGGCCUACAGCAGCCAAGGCAAUAAAGUAUACCUCUCCGCUGCCCCCCAGUGCCCUUAUCCCGACGCCUGGGUAGGCAAAGCUCUCAGCACCGGACUCUUCGACUACAUCUGGGUUCAGUUUUACAAUAACCCUCCAUGCCAGUACUCGGGAGGGCAGCCGACGAAUCUGGAGGAUGCGUGGAAGCAGUGGACUGAUGCAUGUUUUGCCGGAGGCAUGCCGCCGGGAGCUGGCGCGGGGGGGAGGGGGUUCAGACCCGCCGGUGAUUUGACUUCAAAGGUGCUUCCUGUGAUUAAGGGGUCGAGCAAAUACGGAGGGGUGAUGCUUUGGUCGAGAUAUUAUGAUAAUGAGACGGGGUACAGCAAGACUAUAUUGUCGUCUGUUUGA